GACUUUUAGUUGUAUCUCACUGCAAGCAAACCCAGAAACUGCAACAGAAGAAAACCAGUGCACAGUGAUGGCAUCUCUCGGGCUGCAGAUUUUGGGAGUGGGGCUGGCAGUACUUGGAUGGAUUGGAAACAUAAUAAUCUGCAUGCUGCCCAUGUGGAAAGUGUCCGCUUUUAUUGGGAACAACAUCGUGGUGGCGCAGGCCAUAUGGGAAGGUCUCUGGAUGACCUGUGUGGUGCAGAGCACGGGACAGAUGCAGUGCAAGGUCUACGAUUCCCUGCUGGCUUUGCCUCCAGAUCUCCAGGCUGCUCGAGCCAUGAUCGUCAUCUCCAUCCUGCUCUCGCUGUUUGGCCUCUUGCUCUCGGUGGUUGGAGGAAAAUGCACCACCUGCAUUGGUGACAAAGCAGCAAAAGCCCGAGUGACCAUCUCUGCAGGCGUGUUCUUCGUCCUGAGUGGGGCGCUGUGCUUGGUGACAGUGUCUCUGCCUGCAAACACCAUCAUAAAGGACUUCUACAACCCCAUGGUUCCUGAUGCACAAAGGAGAGAGCUCGGUGCAUGCUUGUAUGUGGGCUGGGGUGCAUCAGGAUUGUUGCUGAUUGGCGGGGCUCUUCUCUGCUGUCAGUGUCCGCCACGUCCAGACCGCUAUAAUGGAGCAAAGUACACAUCACCUAAAUCCACAACUCCAGGGAAGGAAUAUGUCUGAUCUGCUGCACCACAGCAGCAUUUUGAGGGAUUCUACAAACCUGAGUUUUAAACCAUGAGAGUUACAUUGUGACUAAUUUCUUUUGACUAACUGUGUUAGAGUUACUCAUACUGAAGAUAUGACUUUAAACAAAUUCAGUUCAUA